AUGCCACAGGAACCAGGUCGCCGGCGCCUGCCGUUCCUGCACCGCAAUUGGACUGCUGGUGUCACAGCGUGCCAAGAGUGGACCUCUAAACGGAAGCGCCAGUCGCCGCCAACGGGCUCCGCGCACAUAUCGGCGGUUCCAACAGCAAACGGCGUCGACGAGGAAUCCUACAUGCGCCCAUUAAAACGACGACGUGUUGCCCAACCGCUGCAGGGUGCGCCGAGCUCCAUUGAAGACCUCGUCAAGCUGCCCCAAUGCCCUAGCGACCGCUCCAAUGGUCUCCGCAUCCAGGCAUUCAACAUCUUCCACCAGGACACCCCACGCCUGCGCUUCGCCAACGGCUUCUCUGCCAAGGAGACCUCCGAGGUCACGCGCCACAAUGUUCGAUUCAAGGUCACUAUCUUGAGCGAGAAGUAUGGCCGCACCCAACUCAUGUACUGCACCGCCCAGAUUGGUGCAGUUCACGCCAUUCGUGCGUCCAGCGGCCCGUACGGGCUGGCGAAGCUGGUGCUUGAACCUUUCACCGUGCCACUCGAAAACAUUGCUGUCCUGCAUCACCAUGGCGACAAGUUGGGGCUGGCCGACAAGUACAUGCUGCGAGUUGAAAUUGAAUCCACUGCAAGCAAUGAGCCAUGGCCGCCGCUCGACCUCUUAUCGUUGGCAGACGCGAGCCUCCACGGCAGCGACUAUCGCCCCAAGAAGGCCUGUGACUGCGUGCUGUAUGCCGAGUCCAGCGAUUUCUUUGGCCGCCCGCGCAUGCGCAUUCCGCUAUGGCUGCGCGAAAGUGUGCAGCACGAUGCUGUUCGCACUGAAUUUGUCAUGGACAUGGACGUCCGGUGGACGACAGGUUUUCUCGAGCGGCCGCGUAGGCACCUUAACUUGGGUGUCCUUCCGACGAUUGUUGCAUUGCACCCAGAUGAACCGCUGCCGCCGCCUACGCUCGAUCUGUGCGACCUCUGGCCCCGGCGGCAGUCCUACCGUGCCCAAUUCGCGGCAUCAACACUAGGCAAGAAGACCGCAAGCGCUGCAUCAGACGAAACUGCAAACGCACGUGCAAAUGGCCACAUGAAUGGCACCGCCAACGUGCCGGUGGGCGAUUUGGUAAACGGUACAGCGAACGGUACAACAAAUAGAGGAACAAAUGAGGCACCAAAUGUGACGAACGGCAUCGCUGCGACGACCGACCUUUCAGGGCAGCUUCAGACUCAGAUCAACCUCCAGUUGAACAGAGAGCUCAAUGGUCAGAUCAACGCCCGUUCCUCGGGCGCGACCGUUACAGCUGGCCCAACAACGGUCAUUUCAGCCGAAGCCGCUGACGACAAUAAUGACGAUCUGGAGUGGCCAUCCACGCCGAGCCGCUCACUUCGUGCAAGGCGGGACCAGCCCGAAUACAAUGUCCGGAACAUUACCAACAAAGCGCACAAGAUUGGCGACCGGGGUCCGCGAAAACGUGGCAGCGAUCUGUUCGCCAACGUCAAUGGGUUCACCAAUGGUAACAGCAACGGGUCGAGUUGUCAUGUCAAAGUGACAUAUUACUAUCAGCAGGAUUACGCGUCUGUGGACGGCUUUCAAUGUUGCAUGUGUAUGGCGAUGAACUUGGAUUUGGACCAUCUGCGUCUUCACUUCCGCUCCCAUUCCCAGUACAUAUUUCAAUAUGAGCACCGACCCGGUGCUCGUAGUGGCGACCACUUCUUCAAAAUUGUGCAUGACCUCGAUUCGAGCAAUGUUCGCCUGCAAGAUAUUGUUUACCAACUCGGCCGGCCCACUGGAGCUCUAGAUAUAGAAAAGUUCUUGCAGGGUGACGAGUCCUGGGUCACCGCAAGGUGCGGGCCACUCAACGACGACCAAGUCGUGAAGAACGCACAAGCGCCACGGCGUGUGCCUACGCCAACUCCGGUGCCGCCAAACCUAAAGAAGAAAAUUCUUGUACCUUCCACACGGCAACCGUUGUACGAUCCUCUCAGCAAGGCCCUUCUCAAACCUGGGACAACGCUGAGGACGAACAUCGUCGACGAUAGCUGGCGCAUCCACAAGCAUCGUGAGAUUGUCCAGGACUAUACGGACCUGACCCCGGCAGAGAAGGACUUUAUCCAGGAAUGGGACCGCUUUAUUAUCUUGAAACGCAUUGCCUCAGACGCCUACAUCCCACGCGCCAUGGUGCAGUUCAUCCAGGAGAAGGGCCUCUGGCUCGUCUCGGACUUGGACCGUGCCAUGGAGUUUGGCAAGCUCAUGGCCGUCAUGAUGGCCCAUGACAUCUUGACCGAUAGCGAUGUUGACAACAUUACACAAGCCAUUGAUGAAGCCUGGUCCCUCAAGAAGUCCGUAGCAGCUGGUGACGACCAAGCCCUCACCGCGGCUCAAAGCACGUCUGUGCCGAAAGUGUAUGCACCACGCCGGGGUACAGGUGGCUGUCCCCUCUGCGGUUUCCGCUGCGCUGUGGCUGAUUCGGUGAUAUGCUCGAACAAGUGUUCCCGCCGGCAAUACCACACGGCGUGUCUAGGCCAAACGGCCAUUGUGGAUGUGGCAGAGCGUGGGGAAUGGUACUGCAACGACUGUGCCCAUCUCGCUGACCCUUCGCACCUUGUGCGGCCGCUUGAGCAGUCUGGGGCUAGGCCGGUGGCUACAGAGGUCUCUUCACGUCCGUAA